AUGUCCCAGGGCUUAACUCUAGUCGAUACCCUUUACAAUCCAUCUCAUUGUUCUCUUCCACAGGACUUACAAAUUGUUCUUUCUCAGCAUGAGUCCAUAUUCCUUCCACGACAAGGACUUCCAACCAAGCGUGCGUACAACCAUUCCAUUAAUUUGCUGCCUGGUUCCUUGAUAUUUUACAAAUCAUUGCUAAAACGUGAUAGAGAGUUGCUUGGUUCAAGUUCAAAACAUCCGCAAGCAAUCGUGCUUUGUGCUACGGAGGAGAAAGCUGCACAGUGCUUCAAUGCUGCAAAAUAUAUCAUAGAUAACACAAAAUUGAAGUCUGCAAAGGAUUGUGCUUCGCCAGAUAAUGGGCAGUCACAACCCUCAAUUGGCCUAAUGAUUGGAACUCCUUGUGAGAUUUUUCAAUACAUUGAAGAUGAGAGCAUUGUUCCUUCUGGAAUAAGAUACUUGGUGUUGGAUGAGGCAGAUUGCAUGCUUGGUAGUGGCCUUAGUCAUGAAAUUCAUAAAAUUCUCAGACCAUUACAAGAUCAUGGAUCGAAAUCUGCUGUCAAAAGAUUACAAACUAUUUUGGCCAUUUCAACCAUGGCUGAGGUUUUGGGUGAAGAAUCCCCCAUUGUAAAGCAUCUUGAGUGCCAUCAUGCGGGAAAUAUUUCUGCUAUGUCUUUAGAAAUGGAACAAACAGAAGUCUUUCAUUUCACAGAAUCUCUUCAUGCUCUUAGGAAAAAAUUGGAAGAGGCCAUGAGUUCCCUUUUGCAAGUAACAUCUUGA